GGAAAUUCAAGCUGUUGCAGAACAUUGAGGAUUUUUUUUAAUAAAUCCAGACUAUCCAAUCUCCGGUAUUUAAAAAAAUAUCAAAGCAUUUGUUAUUUUGCCCUACUCAAUGGCUUUGAACAAUAAGUCACCAACAAGUUAACAAUUAUAAGCGUACUUCAUCCACUUUGUAUCAUUAGCCUUUGUUGAUAUAUUGUAAUCGUUCAACAAAAAAAAUGCCAGUCAAAUUACUUCAUUCUAUCAAUCCAUGCUUAUAUUUGAUUACUUCAAAUGAAUUAAUCACAUUCAUUAAACCAAUUAUUACAUUAAUUAAUAAUACUGUCGGUGUAGCUGCAUUAGCUAUGCCAUUCUGUUUUCAUCAGUGUGGUAUUCUAUUAUCUUUCUUAUUUCUUGGAAUAACUGCCGGAUUCUCGAUUAUGUCAUGUGAUGCACUGAUUGAUAUUUGUUCCACGCAUCGAGUGUUGCCAUUUGAACAUGCAUGUUUUAAAGCAUUAGGUUAUAUGGGGAAAAAUUUAGCUGAAUUAAGGAUAUUAUGUGACUAUUGCUGAUCUUAGCAGUGGAGUUGUUUCACAAAUUAUUGUAAAUAUA